AUGAUUCCAAAUUCAACAGGACGGAAUUCAAGACGAGUGGGCCUUUGUCUAAGAUAUUCCGUGCAAAUUUUUCAUCUCAUUUUUUAUUACUGCUUAUCUUUAAUUAAUGUAUCUCUCAGGAACGAUUAUGUGACUUGUAUACAACAGAAUAAAAACAAAACUAAUUCAGUAUCUACACAUAUUCCUUUAGCUGUUUCGUACAAUCAACCAAAAUUCAAUGCAUUUACUUAUUGGAAUGCUAAUGCAACAACUUUUGCAACUAGUGGUACAGUCGGUACAACUCCUUAUGGUCUUUUUGUCAGCACUAACAAUACUGUUUAUGUGGCCAAUCGAGCAAACAGUCGGAUUCAAAUAUGGUUAGAAGGACGUACAAUACCUACAAGCAACAUAACCAAUGGUUUAGCUUAUCCAUAUAGUAUUUUCGUUACAGUCACUGGUGAUAUUUAUGUCGAUAAUGGAUAUUCAAAUGAUCGUGUCGACAAAUGGACAUUCAAUAGAACGACAAGUAGUUCAGCAAUGUAUGUUAAAGCAGCAUGUUAUGGCCUCUUUGUUGACAUUCGUUCUAACGUGUACUGUUCAAUGUAUAAUAUUCAUCAAGUUGUGACAAAAUCAUUAAAUAGUGAUUCUAGUAUGUGGAUAGUAGCUGCUGGAACAGAUUGUUCUGGAUCAACAUCUAAUACACUUAAUAAUCCUCGUGGAAUAUUUGUUGAUGCCGAGCUUAAUUUAUAUGUAGCUGAUUGUGGAAAUGAUCGAAUUCAACAGUUUCCAUCAGGACAAGUAACUGGAAUAACAGUAGCAGGAAGUACGGCAACAGGAACAAUUACACUUAAUUGUCCUAGUGGAGUUGUACUUGAUGGUGAUGGAUAUUUUUUUAUUGUGGAUAGUUACAAUCAUCGUAUUGUUGGGUCAGGACCUAAUGGUUUUAGAUGCAUAGUUGGAUGUUCAGCUGUUGCUGGUUCAACAUCCAGUCAAUUAUCUUCUCCAUCGGAUCUUAAAUUUGAUAGUUAUGGAAACAUAUUUGUUACUGAUCAAAAUAAUAAUCGAAUUCAAAAGUUUAUUUUAAUAACAACUACUACUUAUCCUGCACCAACCACUGUCCAAACCACUGCAGUUCCCACUACGAGUGCCAUUCAAACAACUAAAGUUCUAACUACAAAUGCCAUUCGAACUACAGUGGCUUCAACCAUCAAUGCCAUUGAGUCUACUGUAGUUCCAACCACAAGUGCCAUUGAUUCUACUGCGGCUCCAAUUACAAGUGUCAUCGAUUCCACUGUGAAUCCGACCACAAUUCCCAUUGAUUCUACUGCAGGUCCGACCACAAGCGCUAUAGAAACCGCUGUAGUCCAAACUAUAAGUGCUGUCGAAACGACUGCAGCUCCAACUACAAGUGCUGUUGAAACGACUGCAGAUCCAACUACAAGUGCUGUCGAAACGACUGCAGCUCCAACCACAACAAACUUCCAAAUAGGUUUGCACCAUCAAAUAUUUUCUGAUUGA